UUAAAAAUCCCUGAAAAAACCCAGAUCACGUGACGCAUCACAGUCCGAGCAAGACAAGAUGCUGCUUAACCCGGCGUGCGAGGCGGCGGCGCUGGACAGCAUCCGGCACCACGUCCUGGACGAGCCGGCGGCGGCGGCGGCGGCGGCGCGGCCGGUGUACCGCCGCAGCACGAGCUUCGGCAGCCUGGUGGCGGACCAGUGGAGCGAGUCGCUCCCGUUCCGCCCCGACGACGCCGACGACAUGGUCGUCUUCGGCGCGCUCCGGGACGCCUUCUCCCGGGGCUGGCUCCCCGACGGCUCCUUCGCCGCCGUCAAGCCCGAGCCCCCGGCGUCCCCGGACUCCCCCUACGAGUUCGGCUCCUGCCUCGGCGUCGGCGGCCUCCUCGCGUCGCACGAGGAGGAGCCCGAGACGCCGACGGCCGGGGCGGCGUCGCCCGCGACGGCGCCCGGGAGCAGCGAGGAGGCCGCGGCGGUGGCCAGGGGCAAGCACUACCGCGGGGUGAGGCAGCGGCCGUGGGGCAAGUUCGCCGCAGAGAUCCGGGAUCCGGCCAAGAACGGCGCGCGCGUGUGGCUCGGCACCUACGACAACGCCGAGGACGCCGCCGUGGCCUACGACCGCGCCGCCUACCGCAUGCGCGGCUCCCGCGCGCUCCUCAACUUCCCGCUCCGCAUCGGCUCCGAGAUCGCCGCCGCGGCCGCGGCCGCGGCCACCGCCACCGCCGUGGGGGAGAAGCGGCCGUCACCCGAGCCGGCUGCGAGCUCCGACUCUUCUUCCCCUUCGUCGUCCUCCUCGUCCGGGACUCCCAAGCGGAGGAAGAGAGGAGAGGCCGCGGCCGCGACCAUGGCCAUGGCCCUCGUGCCGCCCCCGCCGGCGCAGGCUCCCGUCCAGCUGACACUCCCGGCCCAUCCGUGGUUCGCCGCCGGCCCGGUCCAGCAGCUAGUGAGCUAAAUGACUGUGAUGUCGUAGCUGAUUGAUGGAUUGAGCCGAGUGUGAGAACAAAGCAAAAUGAGGAGCGCAUCGCCAAUGGCAGUGCUCGAAGAAAUGACUGUGAUGAGCUCGACGAAAUCGUUGCAUCGACAUGAGGACUCCUGAUCGCAUGGAGCUCGUUCGUUCCUCAAUUGUUGCUAGAGUGAAACGAAGGAAAAAAAAACAGAUGAUGACGUCUCGUGAGAAAUUGGUGUGGUGUUCUGAGAAGCUUGUAACGUAGAAUUCAGUGUGUCGUAUUGGUGCGUCAUCGCAUUGCAAUCGGAUGGGUUGAAAUCGGAAGCUUCUCCGUGAGAGGCUCCUGGUCCUGGUGCAAAAAUGCAUCAGCAGUUCUAGAAUGGAUAUUAUUCUUUGUUCUUUGGUUAUUAUUCAAAGGGAUUCCCUUCAAAUUGGCAGAUUCUA